UGUCACAUUUAACAAUAAGAACCAGAAGCACUCACUGCUAAUCUCUCUCUUUCACAGAUUUGAAUCUACAACUAAAACAAAAGAUAAUAACAAAAGAAGAGAAAGAAGAAGAGUGCAUUAACAAAACUAAACACAUUAUACUGUGAUGAGGAUCUAUCAACCAACCCUAUUAUUGUUCAACGCCACCGUCAUCUUACUUUACAUAUCAGCCAUCACGACCGCCACAACUACUGGGUCCCGGCCACUUCUUUACGUCCGAGACGACCCAAUAACGAUACCUCCAUACUUCAUCUUCGAAAACGUACGGCUCGAGAGAGCCUACGUGGCGCUACAAGCGUGGAAGCGGACCAUGAUCUCUGACCCGUGGAACCUAACGUUAAACUGGUUCGGUCCCCGUGUGUGCGACUACAACGGAGUGGUAUGCUCUGAAUCCCUCGACGACCCUUCUAUCAACAAAACUGUCUCCGGCGUCGAUCUAAACCACGGCGAUAUCGCCGGUCAUCUCCCCGAAGAGCUUGGCCUCCUCACAGACAUUGCUCUGUUUCACGUCAACUCGAACCGGUUCUGUGGGACCCUCCCACUCGGGUUUUCUCAGCUGAGUCUCUUGUUUGAACUUGAUCUCAGCAAUAACCGGUUCGCUGGUAAAUUCCCGGAUGUGGUUAUCGGUUUACCGAAACUGAAGUACCUUGAUCUCCGGUACAACGAGUUCGAAGGGGGGUUACCAGAAUCUCUAUUCGAAAAAGACCUAGACGCUUUGUUUCUGAAUAGUAACCGGUUCACUAGCAAAAUCCCGGUUAACAUGGGGAACUCCCCGGUAUCGGUUCUAGUUCUGGCCUCGAACCGGUUUGAUGGAUGUAUACCGACGAGUUUCAGCAAGAUGGCCAAGACUCUGAACGAGAUCAUCUUGAUGGAUAACGGUUUACAGUCCUGUCUACCCAAUGACAUGGGGCUGCUUCAAAACGUCACCGUUUUGGAUAUUAGUUACAACUCGCUGGUGGGAGAGUUGCCGGAGUCGAUGGGCCAGAUGGAGAGCCUAGAGGUGUUAAACGUGGAGCGUAACAUGUUCUCCGGUGUAAUACCGGAGGAGAUCUGUUUACUUAAGAAUCUUAGAGAGUUUAGAUACGGUUCUAACUACUUCACUGGAGAACCACCAACGUGUCGUUAUCUAGAGGAAUAUAGUAGUAAGAUGAACUGUCUCAAGGAUGCCAAAGAGCAGAGGUCGACGAUGGAGUGUAAGGUGUUUUUGUCGAAGCCUGUGGAUUGUGACUCCUACAAGUGUAGUCCUGUCACUUCUUCGUGUGUUUGUCCAUGCCAUCUUUCUCCUCAUCCACCUCAGAUAUCACCGUUUUCUCCACCAUCGGCGCCGUCUCCGUCUCUUCCACCAGCGCCGCAGUCAUCUCCAAGUGCUUAACAAAGAGGCUCUUUCUCGCAGCCACCGGUGAACUGAUCGAUCUAUGUGUAGAGAGAAACUAGAAAUGGGCACGUGUUGAAACGAGAUUGUUUAGAGCCAGAGGGAAUUUAUUUGAGACAGCAAGCUGCAAAUCUAUAGGACAAAGUGUAGGACUUGUCGCUUUAGUAGAUUUGCAUGUGUGUGUUUUAUUUACAUAAUUUUUUUAAUUAUAUGAUUCUUGUUUGUUAAGCCUUUUUCAGAUUCAUUAAUAAAGAACGAACGGUGGCAAUCA